AAUUUAGCAGCAACGUGUUUGCUGUUGAGGGUAACCAAAUAUCUGGAAGCGUCCGUGGAGUGUCAUGUCGUCUCCGUCCUGUCUUGGCUGACUUUCACCUCUUUCCUCCUCCGCUUGGGAAGCGGAGCAAAGCAGAAGGGAGCAGAGAGGAGAGGAGAGGAGAGGAGAGGAUAGGAGAGCGCGUCUCUUUCUGCUUCUGAACACAGAGCGGGUACAUUCAGAGGCGUCUAUCAGCAGUUUGAAAUUACUCCAAGGCUGUUUGCGUCCAAGAUGAUGACUUGGAGCAGUUUGUGGACGGCUGGACUGCUUCUCCUCGCUGUGUGCGUAAAGGUUGCUGUGUGGGCCAAUGAUGGUGACGCUGUCUUCAUCAGGGAAUAUACUCUUAUCCGUAGAGAUCACCUUUCAGAAGAGCCUCUCCCCGGUGGCGGCCACAAACCAGAGGAUGCAAGCUCACGGACGGCCCGAUCAGAGGAAGAUAAGGACACACUGUGGGAUGCCUGGGGAUCGUGGAGUGAGUGCUCUCGUACGUGUGGUGGAGGAGCCUCCUACUCAUUAAGACGAUGUCUGAGCUCCAGGACGUGUGAAGGGCAGAAUAUCAAAUAUCGCACAUGCAGUAAUGUGGACUGCCCUCCAGAUGCUGGGGACUUCAGAGCUCAACAGUGUUCAGCUCACGCUGACGUGCGAUACCAAGGACAUUUUCAUGACUGGCUGCCUGUUUACAACGAUCCAGAAAACCCUUGCUCUCUCAAGUGUAAAGCCAAAGACUCUGGCCUAGUGGUGGAGCUGGCGCCCAAAGUGCUGGAUGGAACACGCUGUUACACCGAGUCCUUGGACAUGUGCAUCAGCGGAGUGUGCCAGAUUGUAGGCUGUGACCAUGAACUGGGGAGCACAGCAAAGGAAGACAACUGUGGCAUCUGUAAUGGAGACGGCUCAUCCUGCAGACUGGUGCGAGGUCAUUACAAAUCCCAGCAUGCUUCAGGGAAAACUGAGGAUACGGUGGUUAUCAUUCCAUACCAGAGCCGUCAUAUACGUCUGGUCCUGAAAGGCACGGAUCACUUGUAUGUGGAGUGUAAGACCCUACAGGGUGUAAAAACUGAACUGAUGCUGGACCAAUCUGGACACUACUACUUGGAAAACACCACUUUGGAUUUUCAGAAGUUUUCAGACAAAGAAAUCCUCAGAAUGUCCGGUCCUCUUGGAGCUGACUUCACCAUCAAAAUACAGUUCAGCGGUGGUGCAAACAGUGUAAUCCAGUACAUCUAUUAUCAGCCCAUCAUCCACCGCUGGAGAGAAACUGAUUUCUUCCCUUGCUCCGUCACCUGUGGGGGAGGUUACCAGUUGACAUCUGCAGAGUGUUAUGAUCUACGAACCAGUCGCGUUGUUGUGGACCAGUAUUGCCAUUAUUACCCUGAAAAUGUAAAGCCCAAACCCAAGCUGCAGGAGUGCAACAUGGAACCUUGCUUGGAUAGUGAUAGUGAUGGAUACAAAGAAAUCAUGCCAUAUGACCUGUACCACCCCCUGCCUCGGUGGGAGAGCAGCCCCUGGACUGCCUGCUCAACGUCCUGCGGCGGUGGCCUCCAGAGUCGCUCAGUGACAUGUGUGGAGGAAGACAUGCAGGGUAACAUCACGCCCACUGAAGAGUGGAAAUGUCUCUAUUCUUCAAAGACUGCCAUCCUGCAGCCCUGCAACACCUUCAGUUGUCCAACCUGGGUGGCACAGGAAUGGUCACCUUGCACAGUGACCUGCGGUCAGGGCCUGCGUUACAGGGUGGUUUUAUGCAUCGAUCACAGAGGGCUUCACGCUGGAGGCUGCAACCCCACCACCAAACCCCACAUCAAGGAGGAGUGUCUGGUUACAGUUCCCUGCUACAAAUCCAUAGACACACUACCGAUUGAGGCAAAGCCUGUCUGGCAGAAACAGGCCAUUGAGCUGGAGGAGGAGGAGAAAGUAACUGCAACUCAGGAACCGACAUUCAUUCCUGGUCCCUGGCAGGCCUGCAGCAAAACGUGCGGGGCUGGGACCCAACACAGGACAGUCAAAUGCCAGGUGUUGCUGUCCUUCUCCCAGACUGUUGCUGACCUGCCUGACGAUGAGUGUGAUGGGGAAAAACCUGCUUCGGUCCAGUCCUGUUAUAGCCAAUCCUGCUCGGAGGGGCUUGGCCAUGGGAAUGAAAAUAAAGAAGAGAGGGAGCCUCAGAGAGGGGGGGACGAACUUGACUGGGAGUAUGAGGGGUUUACGGAGUGCUCGGAAACUUGUGGAGGAGGUGUGCAGGAAGCAAUGAUUAUUUGCCUGAACAAACAGAGCAGGGAGGCCGCAGAUCAAACCCUGUGUGCAAGCUCUCGGCGACCCCCUCCACUCCUCCUGGAGUGUAACACUCACCCCUGCCCACCAAGGUGGGAAACGGGGGAAUGGAGCUUAUGUUCUGCCACUUGUGGUGUUGGUCUGAUGACACGAACUGUAACAUGCAUCCAUCGGCCCUCUUCAGAAAGCAACUACUCUGCAGUUUUGAAAGAUGAAUUGUGUCAGAAGCCCAAACCAAGUCUUUUCCAGGCCUGUAACAGAUUUGACUGCCCUCCUACAUGGGAUACACAAGAUUGGAGCCAGUGCUCCCAGACUUGUGGUGGGGGAUUUCAGAAAAGGAAGGUGUUUUGCAAGCAGAGAAUGGCAGAUGGCAGUAUCCUUGAACUUCCUGACACCUUUUGUCCAUCCAUGACUCUUUUAAGUGAGCGACCCUGUGGAAAGCAUGAUUGCCCACCCCAAUGGGUUACUGGUGAAUGGUCUCAGUGUUCAGUAACAUGUGGACAUGGCAUUCAGACUCUGCAAGCUGUCUGCAGGAGGCAGAGAGAGAAUGGGCUAUAUGAAAUGAUUAACUCAACACACUGUUUAAUGACGGCCCAUCCCAUCAGAUUCCGCUCAUGCUUUCUGAAGCACUGUGAAGAUUCCACUGAGAAUGAUGGCACUAUACUUGCCAAGAGGAAGGUCUACAUUCAGUGGAGGAAGUCCAAACGGGUGCAGCUGGCUGUUGGUGGUUAUGCAUAUCUCAUGCCUUGGUCAACAUUAAUCAUUCACUGUCCAACGUUCAACAUUCGAAAGGGUCACAUUCAGUGGUUGAAAGAAGGGAAACCCCUAGUAAACCAUCCUCGGUAUUCCAUAAAAUCCCAAGGGUUCCUGAGGAUUCAUCAAGUUCAUCCAACUGACGCCGGGAUCUACACAUGCACUGCAGGCUCUGCACGAGAAAAUUUUGUCCUUCACAUCCUUGGCAACAAGAAAAAACUUGCUGUUCCAGAGUCCUGGCUGGUUGAAAGUGGGCAACAAAAGACCAGGCAUCCAGAUACAACCUCAACCACAGGAACACUUCAGGAGCUACCCAUACCCCUGAACAAAUAUGACAACCUGGUGGAACAUUUGAUUGAGGUAAAAGGUUAUUACCACAAUAAAAAAUACCUUACUGAAAAACCUUACCCUAGUGAAAAAAACAAAUUGACUCUUGAGGGUGAAAGGACAAAAUUAGAAACUUCAGUCCCAGCUGUGCUUGUUACUGAUAGCACCAAGCUAGAUGAGAUCAUGCAGAAUCUCUCUGAAGGCUUUAGAGGACACCAAGGGGAACAUUUCCUCAUGCAGUUCCUCCUCGAACUUGCUAUGGCACAAGGAAGCUCUAAUGACUCUACUAUUGACACACCAGAUGGCACAGAAUCUUUUACAAAUGAACCGGUCCUUCAAAAGCCAAACCUCAAGAUCCACACUUCAAGGGCUUGGAGUCCAGCUCCUAAAAAUGGCACUGAAGCAUAUCUCUCUGAAGUUAUUGUUAAUGUUGGGGCACCAGUUUUCCUGCAGAAACCAGUUAGUUCUCUGGAACUAAGGUGUCAAAAUAUCAGAGAUCCUCGAACUUCUCUUAUGUGGACGAAAAAUGGAAAUCCUUUGCACCUUGAUGGAAGAGUUAACGUUUUAGCUUCUGGUUCACUGAGAAUCCAGUCUCCAGGUAAAGAAGACGAAGGUCUGUACACGUGUACGUUUAAAAAUCGUCAGCGAAGUACAUCUCUGUCAUCAUGGCUGCGGAUUACAAGUAGUAAUGGAGGAAGCUGCUUCCAUGGUAGAAGCACUGACCAAGCUUGUGUUGAAAAGACAAACAGCAGCCAGUCAGCUGAGCUUUGCAGAGGACAAUCCUGCCCCUUCAGCUGGGUUAGAUGGCAAGCGGAUGCAUGGUUACCAUGCUCAGCCUCUUGUGGAGGGGGAUCCCAGUCUAGAACUGUUCGCUGCAUGAUGGGUCACGAAGGCGAUUUAAGGGAGGUACAAAGCAGGCACUGCCUUGGGAAAGGAAAGAAACCAUCUACUACCAGGUUAUGCAAGAUUUUGCCCUGUGCCAGAUGGGUCACGGGCUUUUGGGGGCUGUGUCGUGGCCGGUGUGUGGGUCCCAGUUUGGCAAAGCAGCAUCGGCACAUUCAGUGCAAAGACACAAAUGGUACCAAAGUUUCCUACAGAAUGUGCCAUGGUCUCAGGAGGCCCAGCUCUGUUCAGAAUUGCUCCACAGAUGCCUGCUCCCUUUAUUGGCAUGUUGGGCCAUGGAAGCAGUGCACAGCAACCUGCGGCCGACACGGUUUCCAGUCGCGUCAGGUGACCUGCAGACAUCGUGGAACGGGCAGGGCAACACGAGCACACCACUGCAUGUGGACCCCUCGGCCCUCUGGCUGGCAGCGCUGCAAUAUGCCAUCUUGUGGCAGAGCAGAGGCGUGCCGUGACAGCACGAGGUACUGCGAGUUGGUCCGUCAGCUGGAGCUCUGCCCAAUGCCCCAGUUCAAGAGCCGCUGCUGCCACUCCUGCAUGAAAACCUGAGGAACGUGGAGUGUUGGACAAGUCGCAUGAAAAGCUUGGACGGGUCGUAGGAUGUUUUCAGCAGGAACCGGACACCAACAACUGUCUUUUCUAUGGUCUGUGUCAGAUGAAAGCACCAAAGUAGAGGGAGGAUAUUUUUCCCUCAUGCCCACAGUGGGUAUGAUCAUCCCUCUUUGAGGAUGUCAUGUGUUUGAAAGUGAUCUUAUGAAAGAGAGGAGGCCUGUAUUGAUGGCUUCAGUUUCAAUUCUUCCUUUUUUGUGCCUUUAUAAAUAAGAUUUUUUUUCCAAGUUGUGCAAACCUGAGAUGAGUUACCAUACCACUGUGAAUAAUGCAAACAGGAGAUGAGAGCAUUGUCUCUGAAAGGGGAACUCAGACUAUUGUAAUGCACUGACUAAUGACCCACCCGCCACGUAAAUUAACAUUUUAGAGCCUCUUUUAACUGCACCAAAGACAUACAACGGAUAUGCGCCUGAUUUCAUAGCAAGAAACAACACUUUUCUUUCUAAAGAUGUCUAUAGUUAACGGUUCUGGUAUUUUUUUUAUUGCCAAUAAUCAACAGUAAACACAUGAACUUGUGAAAACAGGUGGAAUAAUUCUGUUUGUGUUCCUAUUUAUGGGGUUUAUAGACUUUUUAACUCAUUGGGAGAAAGCUGAAAGGAAAAUGUGGCUUUUAACAAUAAGGCACAGAAGCUAAUGGUUUUAGCCUUCCUGUAAAUUAAUUAUAGUCCUUUCUAUUUUUUGUUUGGUUACCAUCUGUUUGCAGGAUUGCAGGUGUUUUCACCACAAAACAAGUAAAAUAGAAAUGAAAUGAUGCAAAGAGAUCCCCUGGGGAAGUUUGCACUAAGGAUAUGUAUGUGACUGACACAAGCAACGUUUGAAAAAA